CAAACCUGCAAUCAAAAUAACCCAUAAAACCCAACCCUAAAUCUCUCUCAACUCUCAAAGUCUACUGCCGCCCUCCCCUCCCCCAUUCGGCCUCUACAUCACUCGUCUGGUGCGCCUCCCGCCGAUCGUGCUCCACGCUGUCAACGUCGUUUCUGCGUUCGGUUCCUGCUCUUCUCCGCCGCUUCCUCUGCUCCAGUCUUGCUGUCCGGUGCUGCUCCUCACCGCGUCCUCGGUCACUGCAGAUUACUAAUCCUGAACAACGAAUUGCAAGUGAUGUGCCAAGAUUUUGUUCAGAGUUGAGUGAACUGAUACAGGAAGACCUGACAGCAGUUACUGAUGGCCUUCUCUAUACUUGGCGCCUGUGCUCUUAUGCUAGCCCAAAAUAUAUUUUUUGGAUAUUGGCCUAUGUGUUGGGAGCAGGGACCAUGAUUAGAAACUUUUCUCCUGCUUUUGGGAAACUGAUGUCAAAAGAACAACAGUUGGAAGGUGAAUAUCGGCAGCUUCAUUCACGUUUAAGGACCCAUGCUGAAAGUAUAGCAUUCUAUGGUGGAGAACAUAGAGAGGAAUCACAUAUUGAGCAGAAAUUUAAGGAUCUUGUAAGACACAUGAGAAUUGUUCUUCAUGACCAUUGGUGGUUUGGCAUGAUUCAAGAUUUUUUGGUGAAGUAUCUUGGUGCUACAGUUGCAGUUGUAUUGAUUAUAGAGCCCUUUUUUUGCUGGCAAUCUUAGACCUGAUGCCUCUACUUUGGGAAGGGCAACAAUGUUAAGCAACUUAAGAUAUCACACCAGUGUUAUUAUAUCACUAUUUCAGUCCUUGGGAACUCUUUCUAUAAGUUCAAGGCGACUCAAUUGUCUCAGUGGUUAUGCUGAUCGCAUUCAUGAGUUAAUAGUAAUAUCAAGAGAGCUAAACUCUGAAGAUAAAACAUCUCUACAAAGAAGUGGAAGUAGGAACUACUUCAGUGAAGCUGAUUAUGUGGAGUUUUCUAAGGUCAAGGUUGUUACCCCAACUGGUAAUGUUUUGGUGGAAGAUCUGACUCUUAAAGUUGAAUCAGGAUCGAAUCUGUUAAUUACAGGUACUAAACCUGGAGAAUAUGGACAAAACCAGGCAUUGGAAAAUCGUGGGCUGUAGCGCAUACACAGGGGAGGGGCUGCUUGAGGGAUUUGAUUGGUUGGUUCAUGACAUGAUGAUAUCUUAGGAUCUAGUCAACAUUAAGCAAUAGAGUUAGGUUUUUUUAAUUGGCCCUCUCAGAGAACUGAUUAAGGUCCAUUUGUACUGUUUUAUUAACUAUCUUAUUGUUGUGGAAUUUAGUCAAGCUGUGAAUUCGACAAAAAAAGAAAAAAGUCAAGUUGUAAAUUUUUUUGGGUCAAUAGUAUUAUUAAAACUUUCAA